GCAUGUGGAGCCACCCACCUCUGGGAAAUAACAGCUCACUGUGUGCAGGCUGAUAAAACACGAUGACCACGACAGCGAAGGUACGCCGAGAGUAAAUUACUAUGGCUGUGAGAGGCGGCAGAGCCUCGGCUGUGUGCUCCGUGUAAGUGUCCUCCUCGGUGGGUCAGUGUAAGUGGGAUGCGCCGCGUCGGUCCGCCGGUCCGUCAUUAGGCAGGCAGAACACGACCGCUGACUGGCGCUUUCAGGCUCAGCGUCGGUGCGCAGGAGUGUUUCGGCGGUGGAGGGCGAGCUGGGGUGGCCAGAGCUUCUCUCUUUCCGCCUGUGUUCGGUUUACUCGUUUUAGCGGGUGGGCUCUUGUUUCUCGCUGAAUGGCUGAGGCAGCUCGGUGGGCUCCUGACUGACUGCAGGCUGCGGGCUCGAGCAGCCAGCUGACUGACUGCGAAGGGGAAGCUGCCCCUGUCGCCCAUAGACGGGAGACGUCAUCAGCCUUUUCCUCUAUUUAAAUGGUCGAGACCGAGGAGGUCAUUGGUGAAAAAACGAGAAGAACAUCGGAGCGCAGACCAGAUGGUUCCUACAGGUUAUUCAACAGAACUAAGGGAACUAAAGGCAAGUGGAAAUAAGCUGGAUAAGGCUACAUAAAUGGGGGAUUACAGCUUUGGAGUCCUGGUUAAAAACAACGCCUCUAACAAGUCGGUUUUCCCAGUAAGAAUUCACCCACACCUGCAGCAUCCGGUCCAUCACCAGACGGCCCCUCCGAGCCCCCCUGCAUUCAUCAACAGCAAUACGCCAACCAGCGGUGGAAAUGCGGGGUCCGCUUGGCUCUUCCCUGCCGUAACGACCCACUCUAACAUGCAAGAUGAGAUACUGGAGUCUGAGAAAGCCAAGGCCCAGCAGGACGACCAAGAAGGACAGGACAAGCGGCCUCUUUCUCCACAGGGCCACCAAGAAACGCCGAGCAUCAUAUCUGAUUUGGAGAACACCAUGCCUGAGGACGGUCAGCUGGACAAGGGGACUGUGGAAAACGGCAACGGAAAGGAGGGCCUGCGGCUCGAUUCUCCCGUCUUGUCAGGGUUUGACUAUCAAGAAACGACAGGCAUUGGUACGCUGGCGCAGUCCAGCAGCUCCUCGUCGUCCUCUCUGGUUGGCUUCAGCAGCUGGUCCACUGCUAUCCCCACCAACCCCUCCACCAUGAUCGAAGAGGUGGGCUUCUUCAGCCAAGCUGCCACCACUACUAAUGCUCCUCCACCACUGCUGUUCCAGAACUUCUCCCAUCACACCAGUCCAGGUUUUGGAGGUAGCUUCUCCCACCAGAUCGGGCCUCUGUCCCAGCAUCAUCCUCCUGCUGCUCCUCCUCCUCCUCCUCACCCCCACUUUCAGCACCCCCACAACCAGCACCAACAGCACCGCAGGUCCCCUGCCAGCCCACACCCUACACCCUUCAACCACCGCAAUGCUGCUUUCAACCAGCUGCCUCAUUUGGGGAAUAACCUAAAUAAGCCACCUUCCCCAUGGGGCAGCUAUCAGAGCCCAUCCUCCACUCCUUCUUCCAGCUCCUGGAGCCCAGGCGGAGGUUAUGGCGGCUGGGGAGGCUCUCAGGGCCGAGAGUACAGAAGGGGCCUGAAUGGAGAGGUUACUCCUCUUAACUCAAUUUCACCGUUGAAGAAAUCCUUCCCAAACAGCCAGACUUCGUCACAGAAGUACCCACGCAACAACACGAGCUUCAACCCCAAACCCUGGAUGGAAGAUAAUAUCAACCGCAAUGACAGCAUUUUUCCGUUUCAGCAGGAGCGCAGUCGGUCCUUUGAUGGCUUCAGCAUGCACUCUCUGGAGAACUCCCUGAUUGACAUUAUGAGAGCUGAGCAGGAUUCUUUGAAAGGUCGCUUUGGCUUUUCCCAUCCUGGUGGAGAUGGCUCUCUCUCUGGGAACGCAAGGAAUUAUGGGAGGAGACGAGGUCACUCAUCCCUGUUCCCCAUGGAGGACGAGCGCAGUUUUGGGGAGGAUGAGCGGUCAGAUCAGACUCUUGGUGGGCUGGGCUCUUCACACUGCUUCCCUCAUCAGAAUGGGGAGCGCAUAGAGCGCUAUUCUCGCAAGGUCUUUGUUGGUGGACUCCCUCCUGAUAUAGACGAAGAUGAGAUCACUGCUAGUUUCCGCCGGUUUGGACACUUGUUUGUGGAUUGGCCUCACAAAGCAGAGAGCAAAUCCUACUUUCCACCAAAAGGGUACGCCUUCCUUCUAUUUCAAGAAGAGAGCUCUGUCCAGGCUCUGAUCGAUGCCUGCAUGGAGGAGGAAGGGAAGCUGUACCUCUGUGUAUCGAGCCCAACAAUCAAAGACAAACCAGUACAGAUCCGUCCAUGGAAUCUGAAUGACAGUGAUUUUGUGAUGGAUGGCUCUCAGCCCCUCGACCCCAGGAAGACCAUCUUCGUCGGGGGAGUUCCACGACCUCUUCGAGCAGUGGAGCUGGCGAUGAUUAUGGACAGGCUGUAUGGAGGGGUGUGCUAUGCUGGCAUUGACACUGACCCUGAGCUGAAGUAUCCCAAGGGGGCUGGGCGGGUGGCCUUCUCCAACCAGCAGAGCUACAUUGCUGCUAUCAGCGCUCGCUUUGUGCAGCUGCAGCAUGGCGAGAUCGAUAAACGGGUGGAAGUGAAGCCAUAUGUCCUGGAUGACCAGCUGUGUGACGAGUGUCAGGGCACACGUUGUGGGGGCAAGUUCGCCCCUUUCUUCUGUGCUAAUGUCACCUGUCUGCAGUACUACUGUGAAUACUGCUGGGCGGCCAUCCAUUCGCGUGCCGGACGGGAGUUCCACAAGCCCCUGGUGAAGGAGGGUGGAGACCGGCCGCGCCACAUCUCCUUCCGCUGGAACUGACCGAGGGGGAAGCGGAUGUGGAAGGGCACAGCUGACUUAACUUGCAUACAUGCACUUUUCCUUUUUUGCUAGUUCCUUUUUAUUUCGAUUUCUUUUUUUAAGUACAAAAAUUUAAUUUAUUCUAAGUUUUUAAUUUUUGCAAAUGAUAAUUGAUAAAGAAAAGUGUAAUCCCAGUUUUUUUUUUUUUUUUUUUGGUUAAAAACCUCUUAAGUUGGUGCGCAUGAAAACUUGAAUGCUUUAGAUUUAUACAUAUAGGUGUUUAGCCUGACUCAACUCUAAAAUUGCUGUCUUAUUUUUUAUUGUACUACUGAUGAGGCCUCACUUUUUUGGUUGUGAUGGGUCACCUUUUAGGAUGUGGACAGGAUGCACUUGAAACUGUAGUUGUCUACAUACAGAAAAGAGGCAGGAUUCAUUAAAGGUGUACGUUUCACUGUACUUGCAAAUGGUGAUGACUAGUUCUCAGACACUAAGCUCAAGUAGUUGCAUGACAAACACUGAUGCAGGUAGUUACUCACUCUAGCAAAACAUACCUGGACCUUACUAGCAGGAGACCAAACCUACUGUAUAACUAACAAGAUGCUGAUGUUUGAGUGGCCGUUUUAGCGUUGCUGACGAGGUUGGGUGGAACAGCUUUGAGCGGCGAGGCAGACAUGGCGCUUACACUUACACUAACUGCCACAUUCAUGAAGAAACAAAUCUGUAAAAUAUGCAUUUUAUUUGUACUUUCUGCUGUGACUUGCAGUAAAGGCCACUCCAACAUAAUGAUCUCAGAUUACGGCCACGUGAUACACUCUGUAUAUGCCUAACGACCCAAACUCAAGGAUGGUAUUAGUGCAGUUGGUAGUAAGGUUUCCUGUGACUUAACUCUUGUAUUGCCUGCUCCAAAGGUUUCUUAGACAGGCAAACCAAAGAUAAGCCUUAGAGAUAACAAAUGUCUUGACCUCCUGUGAAAUCGUUGGAAUUAUUGUGGUGAAAAGCAAAUGGAGAGAGUUAAGUGUUCAUUUGGUUGGAUUACAAAGUUAAGGAAAAAAAACACACCGCUGAUAAGAUUACUUAGGAAAUCAUUCUUGUGAUGGUUAUGGCAGUAACAUUGCUCACUUUGUCAGGGAAUUUGUGCUAAAAGCUAACUUAAUAUUGUAGUACUAAUGAGAAUUACCACGUGUUGUACUGAUAGUGUUUUAUUGCAUGACUUUUUUUUUUUUUUUUCUUUCCCAAGAGUUUUUGGCGUUCUGAUUGAGCAUUGUGGUAGCUGAGCACAUUUCAAAGAAUUUUCUGUAAGAGAGAAACAAAUAUUAUUUUAUACAUGGUCUGCUGAUUUUUGUACUGUGUUUUCUAGAUGGUUAUUUUGUCAUUAACAUAAACAUAUGCACUACUUUUCUAUAUCUUGUUUUUCAAGUCAUUUAGGCACAUUUUGUUUUUGUUUGGUUUUUUUCACAAAUGGAAAGUCGUUUUGCGAUACCUCAUUUUUUUUCCACUUGUUGGGUAUAGAUUUUGUACCUUUGUUACAAAGAGACCUGGAUAUAAGGCAAACAUUAAGAAAAGUUCAUAUAAUUUUCAAUUAAGCUUUUUAUAUGUAUAACUGCAGAAAUUUGAGGAGUAAAUAUCCAGUCAAGCAUGAUGCAAAAACCUCCAAACGCGUGUCACUUGUAGAAAUAUAUAACGCCCACCUAUUCACGAUAAUGGAACUGGUAUUACUUCCCUCAUUGCUGACUGUAGGAAUAAAAUUAAAAGCGAAUAUGUAAAUAAGGUUCAUGAUAGGAUGCACCUUGUAUCUCAAUUAGGAAUGUUCCUUAGUGAAAAUAUCAGUAUUUAUCAGUAAGUGUAAUCCUGAAUGGCAGAAAAGCUCAUUUUUUCCUAAGUAUGCAUGACCUAAAAUUAAGAUAAAGUUGAUACAGUCUUGGCUUCCGUUUGUGUUUUAUGUAACUCCUUCCAAACGUGUUAACAGAACUAUAGCUUUCUUGUAAUGAAGAUGGGCAGACAGAAAUAAAUACUAGCCGAGUUUUACUCCAACAUUCAGAAUCCCAGACCUCUGGCAGAAAGACUUGAUCGAUUAAACCCCACUGUGGUUCAGGGGCUUUGAGACUUGAAUGUGAUAAAUCUUGCAAAAUAACCUCGAGUUAUGUGCAAUAUGUUCCUUUUUUUUUCCUUCUCCAGAAACAAUCUCUGCAAUGUAAUUCUUCAGUUACUCACAGAUCUGAAUUUUAACCUGUCCCUCUCCAUCCUUCCUUGGUCAUUAUAACAUUUUUUCCCAUUCUCUGAAUUGUAUACUAAAAGAACCACUAAUAUAUGUGUAAAAAAAAAAAGUUAUUUUUACUUUUUGUGUAUUCACAUAUUUUCCUACUUAAUUUCAUGCUACUGUGAUUAAAACCAUUGUAAAUACUAAGUGGAAAAAAAAAGGAUUAUUUUCAAUUGGAAUGUUAAACUACUGUCAUUUUGAAACCUAGUUAUCGAUUGGUAAAAGGGUACACUGGUUAGUUUGAAGUUUUAUUAAUCACAAUAUUGUGCUUCAUGUCUACAGAAAGAUGAGAAAAAUAUCAGAAUAUUCUCGGUGUAACUGCUAAUUUAAAUCGACAUAGUUUAUAACGGUAUCAAAGGUUGUAUUUAUCAAUAGAUUUUUUUUAUAAGAAGUCUAAUUUUUUGCUAUGCCAUUUAUAAGUUUAGACUUUUUUUUUUUUUAUUACCACCAUAUGGAGUUCUGUAAACGAAAGCAUCAUUUUAUAGUUGGGUUAGUCAUAAAUGUGCUGUUGUAGUUGAGUGCAAUGUCUUAAUUAUUUGCAGCCAGCUAUUUAUAACAGUAGGCUUAAUUUUUAAGUAUUUGUAUUGUGAAAUGUUGAAUGAAUAAACUUAAUAGCAAGUA